CAAAGAGAGCAGCGAUCGCUCGCUGCUUGGGACUGGAACGGAUUCAGCUGUGAAAGGGCAAAGAUGCUGUGGCUUCAGAGUUGGACCUUGCACCUCACAAAUUAUUCAAAAUCAUUUCAAAGGAUGUUGUGUGAAGCCAGUGCUAAACUACCAGUGUUAACAUUGUUCACCAAGCAUCCCUGUCCUUUAUGUGAAGAAGCCAAAAUGAUGCUUGAACCACAUAAACACAAGUUUAUUUUGGAGGAAAUAGAUAUAACUCUACCAAAUCAUUCAGUUUGGCUUGAAAAAUACAAGUAUGAAAUACCUGUCUUUCAUCUGAAUGGGAAAUUCUUAAUGAAGCAUCGGGUAGAUAUACAAAAACUAGAAAAUCAACUCUUGAAUUUGGAAUUACAAGAUGAAAGAAACAAAUGAAGAAGAAAAUGAAGAUAUUUAACUGCAAACCAUAAGGAUUGCAUUGAUCAUUUUUGUAUUGCCUUCUCUACAAAUAAAACCAUACCCUGCAGAUUUUAUAAUCAACUAUC